ACCAUGGCCUCCGCGGUCUUCAGAUCUGACGCCUUGCGACUACUUCUUAUGGGGCUAUUUGACAAAAAUUCUUUACCAACACCGUCAUGAGAGAGCCGUUAAUUUGGACGAAUUGUGGCUUAGAAUUAUUAAUAUUUCUAUGUCCAUUACACCUGAAAUGUUAGCCAAUGGUAAACAAAAAUUACAGUCUAUAACUGACCUAAGCUUUAUAGCAUGUGUCGCAGUUGGAGAUAUCAGAAAUGAAGGAAGAAACAGUCUAGUUAUAAUAACAGCUGAUGGAUGGUGUUACAUUUAUGAAGUACCUAGCGAUGAAUCAGAAGAAAUCACUGAUAAGAAAAACGUAGAUGAAGUAGAUGGGCAAGGGCCUUCUUCUAACCCCCCAAAUACUACUACAAAUACAGAAACUCAAAGUAGUAGUGAAUCUACUUUAGGGAAUAAAAAUGUUGGAAAAAAAAAUGAACUGAAAAAUCCACUAAUUUGUGUUCAUGUACAAAGAAUACCAUCUAAUACAAAAAACAUUAUAUUGGAUGAUGUAGAUGGAGACGGUCAAAUCGAAAUGGUUCUGGGUUUAACCGAUAGAGUUCUGAGAUCAUAUCGUUUUCUUAAGAACAUAGAGAAAACCGCGAAUGAAUUUGUAGGGGAAAAGCAUCAACCUGAAGAUAAAUUUCUUGGUAAAUUUGUAGCCUUAAAUAAAUGGGAAUGUGCAAAUCAAAUUGGUUCCAUAACUACGCACCAUUCUUAUGAUGGAAGACCAUCUAUCUUAGUGGCGCAACCUGGAGGAACAUUUAUGAGAAUAAAGUGUCACGCAAAACAUGAAAACCCUAACCAAGAACAACAACGUAGUAUAAAUUCUGAAACAGAACCUUUUCCAGGAUCAGUUGACUAUCAAUUCCUUGGUAUCUCAAGAAUGCGAAAUCAAAAUAUAUCUACUGAAAUAAUAGGAGAUUUAAAAUGUCGUUGUAAGAAAAACAACAACUUGGCUAUUACUGAUCAGAAAAGUUGUCCGUAUGCUUUGGCUACUUUGGAUGGUAGCAUAAUGUUGGUUCAGGAUGAAGUAAUAUUAUGGGCUAUAGCUGUAGACCAUCAAAUUUUCGCCCUUACAAAGUUGGACGUCACAGGCAACGGAUGUGAUGACAUAGUGGUUUGCUCCUGGGAUGGUCAAACCUAUAUUUUAGACCAGAACAAGAAUUCGGUUAGAUUCCACUUGGAGGAACCCGUUCGGGCGUUUCAUAGUGGUUGGUAUAAUGUGGAUGUGGACAAACCGUCUGUCACUGCUUUGGUUUAUGUUACUUUUAAAAAUUCGAUAAUCAUCUACUACGACAUACCUCUAAAAGAUCUCAUUUGUAAAAAAUUUGAGCCCGAGCUUGCCAAACUAAGUGAACUUUAUAUAAGUAAAGACAAGACCAAAGAGGAAGCAUUAAAACACGUUCAAAACAUGGAUAACAAGACUAGGCGUGAACUCGUUGAGUACCUAUUGUACAACGCAAAGUGCUAAAAGGUUUGCCGGUUUCUUACCUUCGUAUAUGAUGUUGUGAACAUAUUUUUUUGUUUUUGUCUUUUAAUGGUUGUUUAUAUUUUAUUUAGUGGGAAAUAUACAAAUUGUUAAGUUUA